AUGCAGGGGCAGGAGGGAGGCCUGGCGGGUCCAGGGCUGUUGCCAAAUACCUGCUCCAGCAUUCCAGAACUCUUGAGUCCUGUCAGUGAAGCGCCAGUCUUCGAGGCCCAUUUCCGGCAGGGGGCGGGGACCGGCUUUCGACAAUCUCGCGAGCUCUUCCUGUGUCAUGGCUCCCUGCUGUGUUUCCCUGUCCGAGCUGUACCUAUUGGCCUCCGUGGGCUCUGUGUCGUCACACACCGCGAGAGGGAGACCAAGGAGGACUUAGGGACAUCUCAGAAGCCAGGAAAUGGUGAGUGUGGGGGGUCAGGAGUCUUAAGCCAGGGCAAGAGGAGCGGUUGGGGUCUGGUAGAAUCCGCUGUGGCUGAGUCGGGCCUCCCGCGUCCACCCCGGAGUCUGCGGCCCCGAGUUCUCCGCUGGCGCCAGCUGGACCCUCGGUCCCUUCCGCCCCAAGGUGGGAGAGCUGAGUCGCCUGUGCUCUAUGCCUCCAGUCCUCCUGUCUUCACUAGGCAGACAUCCAUCAGAGAGCCUUCAGGGUCCACUUUUAGAGACACAUUGGUGGACUCAGUGGCAUUUGAGGAUAUGGUUGUGAACUCCACACAGGAAGAGUGGGCUUUGCUGGAUCCUUCACAGAGGAAACUACAGAGAUGUGAUGCAGGAAAUCUUCAGGAACUUGGCCUCUACGGAAGGUGUGUAGUACACAAACAACAAGAGAAGAAAGAAAGUGAUCCAUGCGGAGAAACUGUUGGUCAUAUUACAGAAAGUAACCUGAACAAGCAAACAUCUCCUGGAGUCAAAUCAUGUAAAAACAGUGCAGAAGGCGUCAUUCAUUCACAAAGCGUGGAAAGCAUAUGAAUAUCAGGAACAUGCAGAGAAACCAUGGGGAAAUCUCUUCUUUUCUCUUAUAAGUGUGGGAAGAACUGUGAGAACACAAAAUGGUGUUGAACCUUAUAAAUGUAAGAUCUGUGGGAAAGCCUUUGAUUAUCCUAAUUUAUUUAAGUUACAUGUAAAAAAUCAGACUGGGAACCAGCAGUUAGCGUAAUGGAUAUGUCACUGUACUCCCAUGUAGUCGACCACAGCUCACGUCCCGG